AUGACCAUGCCCAGGGGUCCUAAUUCAACUAAUGGACGCGUCUCCAAGACCUGUGUCCUUCUCCGGUCGUUAAAUGGGGCAAAUAUUGCCGCGUUGGAACGGGAGAUUGCCACACCCGAUGAUCAAGUACAGCACCAACUGAACAGCCCUCCGACUCGUCCAGCUCGUGUAGCUCCCAAUACACUUGAUGAUGUACAAGUGAACAUCCUUGUUGAAUGGAUUCGGCAGGAGAAGGAGCUCUUCUGUCUUCCUAUGGGACCCCUCAUCACAACAACCGCCGAUGGGUGGGCGGCAGAUCCAUUUAUCCUUAUUCAGGGCGACCACUAUUUCGACGAGUGGUUGACCUACGAAAGAACUCCCGAUGGAACUGGAUUCAUGCUGAACCCGGGCGGCCGGGUUAGCGAGAAGGCUGCAUGCGAGUGGAUCGGGUCUUUCCAUCGCCAGACCAAAGAUCGCACUGCAGAUGGCCAUCCAAGACAAGUCAACCGCUUUAAGAGCACACGCCCACCGUGGCGGCAGAUGCUCAACAUGAUGGAUGGCUAG